AUGGAAGAGGAGCACAGAGAAAAUAAAUACAGACAGGCAUGGGAUGCAUGCAGACAACUUCCAGAUAUUCAAGAUGAACAAAAGCAAAAACCCAAGAAACGAUUCAGGUUUAUGAAAUGGUACUGUUGUUGUGUGGUUGCUAUCCUUGUGUUUGCUCUUUCAUUAGUGAGUAAGUCAUCGUUUCUUAUUUUGGUAACACUUGGAAACAAUGUCACUAAGAGUGUACCUGAAGAGCAAAAAGCGAGUGCUCUGCUGAGUAUCGGCUGUAUGCUGGUUGGACCAAAUAUUUUGCUUCUGCUCAAGAGUCUAUGGAAAUUUAUUUUCAAAAGUGCAAUUAAACCAUCCAAGGAAACAGUCAUGUGGGUGAUCUUUGUUGAGUUUUUGGUGUCAUUUGGUGAGGUGGUACUGACAGUGAUGGCCAUGCCAUAUUUUGACAUUAUCACUAAUGUGAUGAUCUUGAACAGUGUGAGCAUCCUGUCAGCAGUCUUCCAGGUGGUCGAUCAAUUCCGUGCCAGAUGUAAAAGAGAAAGCGAAUCAUUCCAACCAAUGUCCUGCAAAGUGGAAUGUGGAAAGUGGCUCAGAACAAUUGCUUCCAUCAUCUUCAUUAUUCUGGGCUACAUCCUCUUCAUAAUAAACUACUUAGUAAUAGAAGAAAACUCCUUUCAAGUUAAAACAGCUGUGUGUCUGGCCAUUGUAGGAACAGUUUUCGUUUCAUUGAACUGGUGGGAGAACUACAGCAGUCUGUUUCCAUUUUUGGAAGACAUUUCCGAGAAAAUAGCCAGUUCCCAGAAUGUGGUUUGCAUUCUGUCCAGUGUGGUGAAAGUCCUGGUCACUGCAGCUGUUGUUGUAUAUAAUGUUCCUCUAAACUUGAUCCCUACAAGUGUGAAUAGGACAGUCUUUGGAUUGAUGGCAGUCCAGAUUGUUUCUUCUGCAAUGUGCCGCUGGUUUGUAGUGGUGGCUUGCAAGAUACAUGCCCUGCGUCGUUGUUUUAUUGUGCCCAUGUACUUGUCCUCUGUCGCUGUCAUGCUACUGUUUAUUGGUCUGUUUGCCCCUAUUGUUCAUUGCCCUAAUUCAAAUAGUAAUCUUUCUACAAGUGAGCAGUUGUAUAACCAGACUUACAGUAUUAUUCCACUCUGUUCAUUGAUUACCGACAUCAGGCACACACUUUCCACACGCCGUAUUGUGUCAGAAAUGAAUGUUGAAGGAUUGGUGGUUCUUGCCCUGUGUGCCUUUAGCUGGUGGCUGGGAUUCAUGCUAAGCACUGGUUACAUUUGGUUUCUGAAGAUCCAGCGCAUCGAGAGAACUCAUGAUCUGUUUGUGAAGCAGAUGUAUGAGGGAGCAUUUCUAGAACAGUCCUUGUUGCUUAACACACGUUUUGUGGCCAGGGAGAAUAACAAGGAUAAAAGGUCAAAAGGCCCGGCUCGACAAAUUCCGUCCGAAAAGAAUGGCAAAGUGCGACAUGUAAACGAAUAUGCUGAGACCCUAGUGGAAGUAGUCAAAGAGGUUUACACAAUUUUUUGUGAGGAUGACCCAUGUAUAUUCAAGAAGAAGCCCUGCCUCCCUCAGCAGAAGAUCAUCAGCACACCAUAUGGAGGUCGUCUGGAAUACACACUUCCUAAAGGCAACAUAAUGAUGGUUCACCUCAAGGACAAACAGCUGAUUCGACACAAAAAGAGAUGGUCCCAGAUCAUGUACUUAUACUACCUACUUGGCUGGAGACUUAAUGGCAAGUACCUGAAGAUGUUUGAGAAGGAUGGACAUCCCUCAGUAGAUGAACUGAGGGAACAUCUAAAGAAAGAGAAAGAGAACACAUACAUCUUGGCUCUGGAUGGAGACACAGAUUUCCAGCCCUCUGCUGUGAUGUUACUAAUUGACAGACUUAAACUCUACCCAGAGGUGGGAGCUGCGUGUGGCCGGAUUCACCCCACUGGCACAGGGCCCAUGGUGUGGUAUCAGAAAUUUGAGUAUGCAGUGGGCCACUGGCUGCAGAAGACAGCAGAGCAUGUGUUUGGCUGUGUGCUCUGUAGCCCUGGUUGCUUUAGUCUCUUCAGAGGUGCUGCCCUCAUGGACGAUAACGUCAUGAAGAGAUACACCACCAAACCAACAGAAGCCAUUCACCAUGUACAGUACGACCAAGGAGAGGACCGCUGGCUCUGCACUCUCUUAGUACAGCAGGGUUGGCGGGUGGAGUAUAAUGCUGCGUCAGACGCCUACACUAACGCACCACAGGACUUCAAAGAGUUCUACAACCAGCGGCGGCGCUGGGGGCCCUCCACCAUGGCCAACACCAUCGAUCUGCUCGGCUCUGGGGGCUUGACCGCUCAGAGGAACAGCUCUAUCUCUAAACCUUACAUCGUUUAUCAGGUCAUCAGCAUGGGUGCGUCCAUUCUGGGCCCUGCCACCAUCUGCCUGAUGAUAGCAGGAAGCUUUAAUUUCAUAGUAAAUAUGGAUCAAGAGGUUGCUCUCAUUGCAGCCACGGUGCCUCCAACAAUCUACCUGGCACUGUGCUUCAAGCUGAAAGCUGACACCCAAAUCCAGAUAGCAGCAGUCAUGAGUGUUUUGUAUGCGUUCCUCAUGACUGGAACUAUUCUCUCAAUCAUAGGAGACAUAGUGAAGAAUGAGACAUUUAUGACCCCCAGUGGCCUGUUUCUGAUUAGCAUGACUCUACUGUACCUCAUCACAGCAGCUCUUCACCCUCAGGAGCUUUCUCUGCUCAUCUAUGGGGUUCUCUAUUUCCUCUGUAUACCCAGUGGCUAUCUCCUGCUUUCUAUUUACUCCAUCGUGAAUAUGAACAAUGUCUCAUGGGGGACACGAGAGACUGGGGGCAAAGUGGAAACUGUAGCAGUGAGCGCCAUAAAGAGGAGGGUCAAACAGGCAGCAUGCUGUAAAUGCCCCUGCUGGAAUACCAGUGAUGAUACAAUUGAAAUUGAGCCACUGCUGAGCUCUGUAGUGUCAGAGGAGCAAGAUCUUAAGAUCCACACUGAUUCUGAAAAGAGAUCACAUGAAUGCCUCACAUUACAAAUUCCUAAAAGCUGGAUUGAAGACCUGCAAGGAAAAGAUGAAACUGUGUUCUGGAAAGAGCUGCAGACACUAUAUUUGGAACCUCUUAAAGAGAACAAAGAGCAACAGGAAAAAGUCGCAGAAGAGCUCAAAGACCUUAGAAACAAGGUGACAUUUGUCUUCUUCAUCUGCAAUGCUCUUUGGUUGAUGGCUACCUUGUUUCUCCAAGCCAUCGGCCAGCCUGUCACACUGCCUAUUCCAAAAAUGUAUCCAAAUGGAACUACUUCUUGGAAUGAAACAUUUUCUGUUGAUCCAAUAUCACUAAUGUUUCUCCUGAGCUUUGCAUUGCUCCUUAUUGUGCAGUUUCUUGCAAUGCUUUACCACAGAAUCUACACAUUAAUUCAUUUUGUGUCCUAUAUUGACACUGAGAUAAAGUCCUACUAUCGGAAAAAGGUUCCUGCAACUUUGGAACCCAGUGUUCAAUCUUUUCCAGGGAUGGAAAUGUCUAUUACUACUGAAGCUGACACAAGCAACUUUAGGAUAAGAUCUCAAGACAGAAAUUACCACAACUGAAGGACCUUCUUGCCCUGGAUCACUGUGAAUAUUUAUUUUGCCACUGAAAGAACGUUUUUGAAGUAUGAAAUGAAACGCAUGCUCAAAUCCAUGUUUAUGCUAAGCAGCUGCUGUAUUAUGCUUUAUCCUUUAAAUUACU